UGGUGGUGGCGGGAGCGGGGGCUGCGUUCAGGUUGCGGAGUGAGGCCUGGCCCGGGUACCCUGCGCGCCGCCACCCCCACAGCGCCUCCGCCGGCGGCGCGAAGCCCGGGCGGUCCCUCUCGGGACGCCGACAGAGCGUGCAGAGCGGGCCACGUCCGCGGUGUACGGCCCUCGCGGUCUCCUCGGGGUUGUCCCGCUCCGUGACCCCGGAACGGGGAAGGCUGGUGGCCGGGACAGGCGGCGAGCUGGCACUCUGCGGGCUGCUGCGGGCGGCGGGGCGGCGGGGGGCGCCGGUGCUGAGCCUCCGGGUGCCGGUCUCGGGUCGCCCGGCUCUCAGCCCCGUGCGGUCCGCUCCCGCGGCUGCGUCCGCCCGGCCGCGGUGCUUUUCCGCCUGCGGGGGGCCGGGAGCUGAGAAGGGGUGGGCAUGGCCAGCGUCCCGCAGCUGUUGGACGACCUGUGCGAGGCCCUCCUGCCCGCCGCGAAGGCUCCCCUGGGCCAGCGCGGCGUGAGCCGGCAGAGGGCAAAGCAGAGCCUCAAGAGGGUGGCCUACAAUGCCCUCUUCACGGGCCUUUUUCAAGACGAGACUCGUAGACUGCAGCCUGAUCUCGCGAAGCUCCCGGUGAAGAACAAGGUCCUCAUGCUGUCCUUCGACUUGAGAGUGGGCGGGCUGGGCCCCGAGGCUGACCGUCUGGAGGAGCUGGUGGAGGAGCUCCUCGCGGCCCCUCGCGGUCCGCUGGUGGAGGUGGCGUCUGUUUUGGACCUCCUGGUGCAGCUGGCAGGGAGCGGCCCCCCUCAAGUGCUGCGGCGCAAGAGGGACUACUUCUGGAACAACAGGCACGUGGGGCGAAAUGUGCCCUACGGCGGCUACGACUGCUACGACCUGAGUGUGUUUGAGUUGGACGUCCAGUCUUUGAUCUCCAGGGAGGAGUACUUAUGUCAGGACAUGAUCCAGAAGGCGCUUCAGGUGAUGGAGGCGGCCCCAGGCACCGGCCUGCCCACCACGGGGCUCUUCUCGUAUGGGGAUCCUUGCAGUGACAGGUUUGAGAGAGACACCCGGGUGUCGCUUUUCGGCGCCCUUGUGCACAGCCGCACAUACGACAUGGACGUGCGGCUGGACCUGCCCCCGGUGCCGGACAGUGCGGACCUCUUUGGACUGGCCAUUAAGGUUCCUCAGAGUGUGGAUCAGUCUGAUGAUGAAGGGUUCCAGUCGGCAUCUAAUUUGACUCCUGACUCCCAGUCUGAACCAGGCAUGACUCCAGACAUCGACCUGUGGGACGCCGUGCUCACCUACGAGGCCAGCAAGCGGAGGUGCUGGGAGCAAGUUGGAUGCCCCCCCGGCCACAGAGAGGAGCCCUACCUCACCGAGGCCGGCAGGGACGCCUUCGACAGGUUCUGCAGGCUCCGCCACGGGGAGCUGCAGGUGCUUGGCGGGGGUCUGCUGCAGGCCCCACAGCUGGUCCUGGCGAAGGAGUGCGAGCUGGUGAAGGAUGCACUGAACGUCCUGAUCGGGGUCGCGUCGGCCACGUUUUCCUUCUGCCAGCCGGCCCAGACCUUCACGGUGAAGCGAGGUGUCCACGUGUCCGGAGCCUCUCCCGAGAGCGUCAGCAGCCUCCUCUCCGAGGUGGCCGUGUGCGGGACGCACUACGCACGUCUGAGCCAGUUCUCUCUGCAGCCUGUGCUGGACUCCUCGUGUGGCAAGGGCCUCGUGUUCCAGGCCUUCACCAGCGGCCUGAGGAGGUACCUGCGGUACUACCGGGCCUGCGUCCUCUCCACGCCGCCCACCCUGAGCCUCCUCACCCUUGGCUUUCUCUUCAAGAAACUGGGCCGGCAGCUCAGGUACCUGGCCGAGCUCUGUGGCGUGGGCGCUGCGCUCCCAGGUAGCGGCAGCGGGGAGCCCGGGGCCGCCUUCCCCACCGGGGUGAAGCUGCUCUCCUACCUGUAUCAGGAAGCUCUGGAUAACUGCAGCAACGAACACUACCCCGUGCUCCUGUCCCUGCUGAAGACCAGCUGCGAGCCCUACACAAGGUUCAUCCACGACUGGGUGUACAGCGGCGUCUUCAGAGAUGUCUGCGGCGAGUUCAUGAUCCAGGUGAACCACGAGUACUUGGGCUUCAGAGAUAAGUUUUACUGGACCCACGGCUACGUGCUCAUUUCCAAAGAGGUGGAGGACUGCGUCCCCGUGUUCUUGAAGCACACCGCCCGCGACGUGUACGUCUGCGGGAAGACCAUCAACUUGCUGAAAGUCUGCUGCCCUCAGCAUUACCUCUGCUGCUCUGAUGUCCCCGUCCCUCGGAUCGCGGUGAUCUUCUCCCCUGAGGAGCUGAAGGAGGUCGAGAGGGACUGUGCCAUCUAUGUGGGGCGGAUGGAGAGGGUAGCACGCCACAGCUCCAUCAGCAAGGAGGAGAAGGAAUUACGAGUGGAAAUUGCAAAGCAAGAAUUGAUUGUCCAGGCUCGGGAAGCAGCGUCCAGAGUCCUGCGAGCCCUCAGUGAUCGGCAGACCUCGGAACGCAUGGCCUUGGACGCCCGGAAGCGAGAACAGUUUCAGAGGCUGAAGGAGCAGUUUGUGCAGGACCAGGAGCGGCGCCGGGCAGCCCGGCAGGAGGCCCUGGACGGCGGCGGCGGCCCCGCGGGAGGGUUCUGCGACCGGGAGAGGCGGCUGAGGGUCCUGGAGGAGCGGCUGGAGAGGAAGGCGAGGCAGGCGCUGGUUGACCAUUAUAGCAAGUUGUCGGCAGAAGCAGCUCGCCGAGAGCAGAAGGCGCUGUGGAAGAUCCAGAGGCACCGACUGGCAAGUGCACGGCUUCGUUUCCUCGUAGAAGAUCAGAAGCACAUUCAGGGGGUGCUGAAGGACGUGUCCGAAGGGAAGGCCCCGGAGCCACUGGCCGUCCUCCCUGCCGCCGGCUCCCAGACUUUGUCUUCGGGCCAUGAGCACCCUGCCGGCGGCAGCAGCUCCGACUCCAGGUAUGCAGAGCCGCAGCAUGUGGCUGCCUGGGACUGGCUGAACUCGCGGACGCCGGAGCAAGUCAGGCCGCCAGCUGCAGGGGCCCGCGGCUCAGCGCCAGGAUCUGAGCUGCAGCCGGGGCCGGGGGACAGGCCGGGGCCGUUCUCUGAGGGCCUCAGCAUCCAAGACUUCCUGCCCAGAGCCCGGGAGGCUGAGCCGCCUGCGCAUGCUGGCGUGACCCCUGUCCUGGAGGAGGCGUUACAAACCAUCGGCUCUGACCUGCCUCCCUGGGCUCCAUCCGAUGUGGUGGCCACAGGGCCUGCUGGGACACAGGAGUAUGAUUUCAGAACCAUCCUGAGGCCCGCUGUAGCCCCCUUGGCUUCCCCAGGGACCCUGCAGACUGUAGGAGGUGGCUCGAGCAAUGAGGGGCAGCAGCUAUGGCGGGACAGUGUCACACAGCCAGAGAACACAGGUGUCCCAGAUAGACACGUGGCUCUGCUUCACCCCCACCCCGCUGGGCACACCGUCCCCCAGGAGGGGAGCAGUCAGGCCACGGAGCAGCUCCUUGAGCAUGUAUCAGAAGGCAGCGUUCCCAUAGGCGGCUGUACUUCUGGGAUGGCCCCCUCCCGACCGCGGUGGAACGUCCACGGACACGUGUUUCAGUCCCACGUGGCACUGAGUGCACUUUCUGGGGAAGGCCAGCCCGAUAUGCCCAGGCCCUGCCAGAGCCUCACUGACCAGGUGUCCCGGUCAGGCCUCAGUCUGGGAGCGCAGAGCCCCGUCUGUGAGCACGAGCCACAGAUGCCUACAGAGACGGCCUCAGACAGUGACUCCGCUCAGGUGGCUGGUUCCAGUGGUGGGGAGCCACAUGGCCUCCAGGCUUUGCCGUCCGCAGCGGCUCUAUCUGGGGACCUGGGUGAUGGUAUCCCCGAAGAACCAGGACCGGUACCGAGUAGGGACGCGGAGGACCUCUCUCCAAAUCACCCUCCAAGCUCACAGGACGACGUGGCGGCCCAGAGCAGCCCCGGCCUUGGUGAGGAGGCGGCCGCGGCCCAGCGCUGGGGCCGGGAGCAGGCCUACCUAGCGGGUCUGGCAGAGCAGUACGGGCUGGAGCAGUACCCGGACAGCUACGAGGCCAUGUCAGAGCCUCCUGCCGCCCACCUGCUGCACCAUGGGCUUCCCCGGGCCUUCGCCCUCCCGGAGGACCCCCGUGUCCGAUCAGAUGCAGAUGAGACCGCGGUGCAGCUGAGCGAGCUGCUGCCGCUGCCCGUGCUCAUGAAGCACUCCAUCAGCGCCCCGCUGGCCGCUCACGUCUCGUUGGUGAACAAGGCCGCCGUGGACUACUUCUUCGUGGAGCUGCGGCUGGAGGCGCACUUCGAGGCCCUGCGGCACUUCCUGCUCAUGGAGGACGGCGAGUUCGCACAGUCGCUCAGCGACCUGCUCUUUGAGAAGCUGGGGGCGGGCCAGACGCCCGGGGAGCUGCUCAACCCGCUGGUGCUCAACUCGGUGCUCAGCAAGGCCCUGCGGUACAGCCUGCACGGCGACACGCCGCUCGCCGCCAACCUCUCCUUCGCCCUCAAGUUCCUGCCCGAGGCCUUCGCCCCCAACGCGCCGGACGUGCUGAGCUGCCUGGAGCUCAGGUACAAGGUCGACUGGCCCCUGAACGUGGUGCUCACCGAGGGCUGCCUGAGCAGGUACAGCGGCAUCUUCUCCUUCCUGCUGCAGCUCAAGCUCGUGAUGUGGGCGCUCAAGGACGUCUGCUUCCACCUGAAGCGCGCCGCCCUGGUGAGCCGCGCGGCCGGCUCCGUGCAGUUCCGCCAGCUGCAGCUCUUCAAGCACGAGAUGCAGCACUUUGUCAAGGUCACGCAGGGCUACAUCGCCAACCAGAUCCUGCACGUCACCUGGUGCGAGUUCCGGGCCCGGCUGGCGCAGGUGGGCGACCUCGAGGACAUCCAGCGCGCGCACGCCGAGUACCUGCACAAGGCCGUGUUCCGGGGCCUGCUGACCGAGAAGGCCGCGCCGGUCAUGAACGUCAUCCACAGCAUCUUCAGCCUCGUGCUCAAGUUCCGCAGCCAGCUCAUCUCGCAGCCCUGGGUCCCCGCCGGCGGCCCCCGCGGCGCGCAGCACCCCAACUUCGCCCUCAUGCAGCAGUCCUACAGCACCUUUAAGUACUACUCCCACUUCCUCUUUAAAGUGGUGACCAAGCUGGUGAACCGAGGCUACCAGCCCCACCUGGAGGACUUCCUGCUGCGCAUCAACUUCAACAACUACUAUCAGGACGCCUGAGGCUGCGCGACACAGGGUCUGAGGUCCGUGUCUGGUACAUUUUUGGUGUGUACACUUCCAGUUGCUUCAGCACCAACUCUUCGGAUGAUGGUCUUUGCUUCAUAUACCGCCUUUGUUCGUGUGUCCUAAGUGACAGCAUUUACGCGGGGUCUGUCUGUUGUUCCAUGGCCUGUGCCCCCGCCAGCUCUGCGCCUUCUUGGUUACUUCAGUUUUACAGUCAAGCCUGGAUUCGGGCAGUGUCUGUGCUCCGACUCUGCUGUCCUUCAGCAUGCGCCUCUCCGUGUCAACUUUAGAAUCCCAUCAUCAGGAUCUACAAAAUAACGGCUGAAAUUUUGAUCAGAACUGUACUUUUUAAAAAGAUUUUAUUC